AUGUCCGCCCCAGGAAAUGCGUCCUCCGCAAGCUCCGCCGAUGUUCACCAAGCUACCGAUCGCUCGCUUCUUGACAUGAUGGACGAGGCUCAACACCGACUGCAGCACUUGGAGAUCUCCUGCCGUCAGAUUCUGUCCCCCACAGGCUCGGCCAGCCCUCAAAAAGCGGAACCUUCUUUAUCGGACCCAAAAGUGCUACAGCUCCAGGUCGCGCAUCUCCGAGCGCAACUGUUGGCCGCAGUGAUGCGCCGCGAAGACGAGGAUGUGGCUUUUCGACAGGCGGCGAAGUAUGCGACAGCUAAAGGCACAGCCAAUGGAGUUCUCCACGCGCUGUUUGACCAGGCCAGUGCCGGGAAGACGGCGGUGCUCAAGACGUACCUGGACACGGGAUCAAUCCCCACACGAGACGGACUCAGACACUGGAAGCUGGAUCUGCGCACGAUCCGCAAUGAGGCAGGGGCUUCGCUGCUCCACGUGGCUGUCGGAGUAUCGACAGCGAGACAGAACGUCAAGGUCAAGCUCGUGCACCUGCUCGUGGACAGAGUGGGUUUCGACCCGAACGUCCGGGAUGUGUUUGGGCAGACACCUCUUCAUAUUGCAGCGAUGGGAGGGUAUCAAGAGGUGGUUCAAGCGCUCCUUGAACGGGGGGCCAACCCAGUUGCCCAGGACAGGUCCGGGAUGACGGCGCUGUCACUUGUUCGGACGCUGUCAAGACCGCCGGAAGCAGUUGUGCAGACACUCGUGGAUGCUGAAAGCGUGGCAAUACGGAACACUGCCUCUCGAUCACAGUCGAUUCCGCUAUCUAAAGCACUGGCGUCUGCUUUGUUCCUUAAAGGACUGGCUCGGUUGACUGUGGAGAAAUACUCCAGUGCGUUUACGCGUCAGACUACAGCAUUGGUGAAUGCACUCUUAGAAGGAACGUCGGAAGAAAAUGUCGACUUCGAUCGAGUUCUUCAUGACCGGGUCCCAAUGCUGUUUGAUGCUGUACCUGCUUGUCAAGUGAUUAGACUGGAGACGAUUUUUGCGAGCAGUAUUUACUGGGACCCGUAUUUUGUUGAUGAUCUCAAACUCGAGGCGGACGGGUAUGACAUAUCGCUCAUUUCGCCUUCGCUAGUCGCCGGAGCACUUGUUGGACCAGCUUGGGUUGGGGUGCUCUCGAAGCUGAUACAAGGACUCAGACUGGAGAUGGCUCAAACUGACGCCUACACGAACAAUACGACGCCUGUUGAAGAAGAUGCGAUCAUGAAGGACACUACCGACAGCAGUGUAGUAACGUCGCCAUCCCGCAAGUGGUCGAUAUCAUCUUCCUCCACGUCGCUCUCUGUGGAUUCUCGCUCCGCCUUGUACUACGCUGAUCAGACUGCAUACGUCGUUAAGACUCGCGACGUAUGGUACUACGCAGUGCUGUUUAAACCCUCGACACAUGAUUUCCCUGGAACUAUUACGGUAGCGCCGGAAAGCAACGUCGCCGUCUGUUCAGAUGAUGUGUCCACGUAUUUUCCGCAGGAAGACCGCCUUGCGAUCGGCUCUUCAGAAUACUUCGCGAUAGAUUACAACGCGCAGACUCGUGAAAUUCGACUGGAUCGCGAUUACGAUGGAAAGGAACCUGCCACUUUGAAGGCAUAUCUUGCAGGGGCGUGCUCUUCUGGGCUACCUCCAUACGUUGCGGUUAAACGGAUCUGGGAGCGAGAACCAGGCAACAAAUACGAAGACCAAAUGAGCGGCGAGCAGGAGUUGUUCCAAGACUACCAGUUCCUGGAUCCUGAAAGCGAGUAUGAAGUGGCAAUUAAGCUAGGACCAAUACCAAGUGGACAAGAGGCGCGGGAUAUUGUUGCUGAGUGGAAACAAACUGCUAGGAAGCUGUUUGAUGCACGAGAAUGCACAUCUGGAUUGUCGUGCUGUCAGCAUUAUUGCCCCCAACGCAGCGGUCAUUCGUUGUGUUUGGGGACUCUUGCUGUAAUCGGACAAGGUCUAGCCAAACGUCGUCUCGGACGGCCAACCUUUUCCAAACCUCUGAAGCCUCGUGCCUCCCUCCAACGACUUCAGAGAGGUUUCAAGGGAACGGAAGCGUGGCCUGGUUCUCCAUCAAGGGUUAUACCGAUUUCGAUGCCCAGUCCACCGUAAAUCCGAAGCAGCAACAACCUGCUGCUUGAGUGUAUCACGUUCAGUUCAACACUGGGCUAAAAAUGACAAAUGCUGUCGUCUAGAGGAAAGGGACUACAUACUUAGUAUCCUUGCGGUUGAAACGUGACAAAGCAUAUUCAACUUGAAUCGUUGCAAAAGGGAUCAUAACCCCACCGAAAGUCGGCGUUCCCGCUGCACCACACCGCUGAAUUUCGACACGAUUGUAGACUAAACUGACACCACGAAGCAGUUUCGUUUUGCCAUAAAGGCAGCUUCAUGACACGCCCAAUUAUCAAAAAUAUAGCAAAAUGAUCCUCACA